AUGUCAAUAAUUGGAACAGUUCAUGAAGAUGUUACAACGGAGGUUUUGGGACACAUUGGGUGCUGGCAGUGGCUUGUGACAUUGGUGUCUGCGGCACUUAUGACACCUUCAAUAAUAAAUGAAUAUGAGGACAUGCUACUACUAGAACCUUCAACGGACGUGUAUUGCGACCUUCCAGACACGUUUUCAAUAUCGAAUUCUAGUUUAUGCACAUUCACUGUUUUAAAUGAUACGAAGGAAAUUAAGUGCAGUAAGUGGAAUGUCAGAUUCGUGUGGGCAAUAUGGAUAAAAAAAACGUGGUUCAUCUUCUGCGACCAAAGGAUCAAACUUUUAUCAACAACAAUUAUAUGUAGACUGGGCCUUAUAUUUGGCUGUAUAAUUUUUGGCCUUAUAUCCGAUAAUUUCGGAAGAAAACGAGCAAUGACAAUAGAUAUCAUCGCAGAACUUGGAUUUCGGCUCAUACUAACAUUUUGUGACACAGAAAGCUGGUUUAAUUUGUUGAUUUUCUUAAGAUCACUAUUUGCAAGUGCUAACAUCUAUAUGGGCCUCGUGCUAGUAUGUGAAAUUGCAAGCAGCACGUGGCGAACCACAUUAAACAUGAUCGUGUCGACGCCACGAAUGCUAGCGAGCGUAUGUUUAGUACCCUUAGCGAACACAGCACCUAAUCUAGAAACUUAUAAUUUCGUCGCGUGUAUCUUCGAUGUCUUACUGCUGAUUCUUCUAAGGUGGACUCCUGAAUCACCUCAAUGGUUACUCUAUAACAGAAAAAUCAGUCGAGCUGAGGAGAUAUUAAUUAAAGCUGCAAAAGUAAAUAAUAUCAACAUUUGCAGCAAUUUCAAAAUAAGACCAGUUAAUCACAGAGCGUACAACUGCUUAGAUGAAAGCCAAACAUGCGUGGGUAUUUUAACCACGCAUAAUAUAAGAAUACUAUCAAUAUCGAUUCUAGUAUUUUGGAGUUUAUACUAUUUUCUUUGGAGCUCUUUAUACAUCAGAUUCUAUUCCAAACACGAACAAUAUACAUUUACGAAAUUGGUUACAAUCAUUAUUUUGUUAAUUUCGCUUAAUUGGUGUCUGUGCAAAAAAAUUACGUUAAAAUCUUUACUCAUAGUAAAUAUAGGCUUUCUAGGUGGAUGCAACAUCAUACUAGUUUUAAUGGAAUGGUUUCAAGUUAAUGAAGCAGUGUGUGAUAUUUUAACAUCUAUAUCUUUAGGCACUGGCUUAAUAAUUCAUGGCUUAAUUUUAAACAUAACACCGCGAGUACUUGCAAUAAAUAUACGUUGUACGCUACUUGGAUGCUGCCAUUCCAGUGCACAGUUGGGUAGCAUAAUUUGCUACCUUAUAGUAGCGUUUCAUGCUUUCGAAACUAUUAUUUUGAUUUUGAUAGAAACUACAAUAGCUAUUGGACUGUUAAUUCUAUGCUACGUGCUUCCAGAUGUAGAUGGAAGAGAGCUGCCAGAUGUUAUAACAGAUAUGGAUUACUUUUCAGAGCUAUCAAAACCACUUCGCUGGGCAACACAGAAAACAAAUUCGCCAUCCCAUGAAGAAUUAGAGAUUAGAGUAUAUUCAUUUGGUAGUACAGGUCAAAACCCUUCCGUCAACAAUACCUCAAAUGAGAGACUACCUGCCCAAAAAAUUGGAUUUAGACAACUCAUACGACGUUUAGUUCAUAGUUUUAUAAAUAAUAUUAGUGAUGUACUUCACAAGAAGUAAUUUUAUACUUGUCACUAACUGAACAAUCUCAUGAAUAUGCUAUGUUUAAAAUUAUAAUUAACAACAAAUUACAACGACUUUUUUACUUC